GGCCAUUAGGAGCCCGCGCCGAUCGCCUGGCGGUCCCGGGGCGGCGGUGGGCCUGUGGGCGGGGGGGGUGUGUGUGACAGGAGGGGAGGGCGAGCGCGUGACGCCCUCCGCGCCCCGCCCCCCCGCUCCUGCUCCCGGCGCCGCCACCUCGGCCCGGCCCGGCGCGGGCGGGCGGCGCAGCCAUGGAGCCGGAGCGCGAGUGCCGGGUGCUCUCCAUCCAGAGCCACGUCGUCCGCGGCUACGUGGGCAACAAGGCGGCCACCUUCCCCCUGCAGGUUUUGGGAUUUGAAGUUGAUACAGUGAACUCUGUCCAGUUUUCAAACCACACAGGUUAUGCCCACUGGAAGGGUCAGGUGUUAAAUUCAGAUGAACUUCAUGAGCUCUAUGAAGGACUUAAGCUGAACAAGGUCAACCGGUAUGAUUAUGUACUCACAGGAUAUACAAGAGACACAUCGUUUCUUGCAAUGGUGGUGGAUAUUGUCCAGGAGUUAAAGCAACAGAAUUCUAACCUAGUAUAUGUAUGCGAUCCAGUAAUGGGUGACAAAUGGAAUGGAGAAGGCUCUAUGUAUGUGCCCAAGGAUCUCCUCCCAGUCUACAGGGACAAAGUUGUACCUGUUGCUGACAUAAUUACUCCUAACCAGUUUGAAGCUGAGUUACUCACGGGCAGGAAGAUUCACACAGAAAAAGAAGCUUUAGAGGUAAUGGAUAUGCUCCAUGCCAUGGGACCAGAAACUGUUGUGAUCACAAGCUCAGAUCUACAGGCACCUCUAGGAAAUGACUACCUAAUUGCUCUGGGAAGCCACAGAAAAACUAAAGCAGAUGGUACCAAGAUGACACAAAGGAUUCGAGUGGAGUCUCCUAAAGUGGAUGCUGUUUUUGUUGGAACAGGAGACUUGUUUGCUGCUAUGCUUUUGGCAUGGACGCAUAAGCAUCCAAACAAUUUGAAGGUGGCAUGUGAAAAGACUGUGUCAGCCAUGCAACAUGUUCUGCAAAGGACCAUUAAGAGUGCGAAAGCCCAAGCUGGAGAAGGAAACAAACCAAACUCAGCCCAGCUGGAACUGAGAAUGGUCCAAAGCAAAAAGGACAUAGAAAACCCAGACAUCAUAGUGAAAGCCACCGUGUUAUAAAGGCUGUACGUCUCCAAUAACGCACAAUGUAUUGAUGUCCUCAUUUCUUUCCUGUAAAUUGUAAUAUUUGCCUUAGAUCUGUGACAGAAACCUGACUUUCAUGAAAUAGUGCCCAGCAUAGGCAGAUAUCCACUCUCAAACAUAUGUGCUGGCCUUGCUCAGUUUUAAAAACAAAAAACAGUUAGUGUGCAUAGAAGCGUAUUACCAGGUAUCAAAACGGCUGUCAAAUUUACUUGUCUGUGCAAUUACCCAGGGCAAGAGAGUACAAUGUUCCUGCCUUGCCAAAGACUUUCUAUGUGAAUUUGCUAAUGGAAUGCUUGACUGACUGGAAAAUAUAUUUCAGGAUGGCAUUUAGUGCCAAUGGAGCUGGCUCCAUGCUCCCUCUUCCUGGAGGUACCUGGUUACCUACUCUGGUAUUCAGUAUCUCAGCUGCUAUGAAACUAAGCAGGGUUAAAACUACACACAAAGUUUUGGUUGUGUGUAGGAGUACUUUGAAGACGUUUGGCAUUUAAGUACUCUGAAGUGACCUUGAGGUGUUGUUCAUGUUGCUGAUAACUGCUCCUGUUUCUUGUCUAUGAACAGCUGCACAGUUUCAGCUUUUGCAGGUACUGGCUGUUUAUUUCUAAUGUCUGUGGGUGCCCACAUGAUUUUCUUCCAAAAGCUGCUCCAGAAACAUCUUCAUUAAUAAGACAGUAUCUUUAUUCAGUAGCACUAAUUAGAAGUUUGUAGUUCUACCUCUGAGGCCAGGUUUGAUUCUUUGUUUAGUUUUUAACUAAGGACAAACAUUCUGUAAGGACAAAAGAGAAAGCUGCUCUUGCCCUGAAAGCUGGCUACCCUAGUUCAUUCUUCAUGGGUCUAUGUAUUCACAGACUACGUAGUGCACUUCCAUUUAACAAUAGCGAGCACUAUUGACAGGCUUAUCAAUGAAGCAAUGUGGCAAAAGUAAUACUUUUCGUUCAGUAAAGUUUAGCAAGUUACAUACGUUUACCAGAUGUAGUGAAACACACAAAAUUAAUUUGUUCAUAAUGUAAGUUUCUGCAGCCUAUGCUGGUUAAAGAUGGCGGAAAUGCAUUAUUAUUAUUAUUAAUGCAUCUUUAUUUCAAAAUUCUGCUUCAUAAGGUUUCAAAAUGGGAUAAUUUUGGCUUCCUAAAUAUCAUAGCACAUAGUGUACCUGUAGGGCAGAUAUGCUGACAGGCACGCACUAUCCACUUGUACUUCCGUAUGAUUUCUGUAUGGAAUGAGGUUUUUGCUUCUCCCAAGAUAAGGUCUAGUGUGUUACUAAAUCCAAACUCAGUAAAUGAGCUUUGUCUUAGAAGGCGUAGGGAGAUUAAAAUUGCAUUUCUGCUUGCAGUGACAUGAAGCAAAUUUGCAUUAGAGGAAAGGGCUGAGUUUUUCUUGGUUACCUGAGCAUGUUCAGGAAACUCACUCUUGGGUAUCUCCCAGAUGCCUUUCCUGCAUCUGCCUCAUCACACCUGCCUAACUGAUAAGGUCACUUGCUUAACUUGGGAGUGUCCGGAAGAGGUGGUUUGGAGAUUGUUUUGGCCACUGAAGUUUUCACUUAUGCCACCGUUUUUGUGGAUUUUCUGCCGUUGUAAAAGUUAAUUGUUUUCACCUAGUAGAACAGUAAUUUAUCCUUAAAGUGGAUUUUUAGCUGAAUAGAUUUUUUUCAUAGAGUAAGAUUUCUUAAUUAAGACGUUUCUGAAAUUCCUCGUUUUCAGUAUCUCUGAAUGAAAUUCAGAACGAAAUGAAAUUUAAGGGAUGAAAAUGUUUUGCAGUUAAGUGUAAGAGGCAAACUUCAGGUUUUCACUUUCAACAACUAAUAAUAAUUUUUAUUCCCUCUCAUGCACUUGGCAUUAAAAAUGAAAAAAUAUUUUCAUACAAAUUGAGAAUAAGGGGGGAAAAAACCAACAGAAAUUACCUACAAAAUGUGAAACUACUGCCACAGUUUUUAGUAACCACUGCCAUGAAAUAACUUUCUAGCAAUAAUAAUUUUGGUGAUAUGAACAAUUGCUAAAAUCAGCAGUCAGUAACAGAGAAGAGCUCAAUGGAUGAUAUCCAACAUGUGGAAAGACAUGAACUAUCUUAACUGUGUGUAUAAAUAUCUGAUGGGAGGCAGUGAAGAAGGAGCCAGGCUCUUCUCAGUGGUGCCCAACGAAGGGGUAACAGGUGGUGGGCACAGACUGAAAUACAGAAAAUUCCAUUUAAACAUGAAAAAAAUAUAAUUCACUUUGAGGGUGAUCAAAUGCGGGCACAGGUUGCCCAGAGAGGUUGUGGAAUUACCUGGAGAUACUCAAAACCUGACUGAACAUGGCCCUAAGCAACCUGCUGUACUUGACCCCGCUGGUGAAGCAGGGUUGAACUAGACGACCUCCAGAUGUCCCUUCCAACCUGAACCAUUCUGUGAGGUACAAAAAAAAAAAAAAAAAAUUGCCUUUCUUUGCAGGGCUGUGUUUUUAAAUUGAUGCAAAUAUUUCUUUAUUUUUCUUCCUGAGACACAAACUUCCAGACAGGCAAGGAAAUAGCUUAGUAUUAGUAAUUUGCCCACUUUUUAAAUAAGGUGCUUUUUGCUUGGGCAGUUGUGCCAAGAAUACAAUUGCCUUUUUUAAGACAGUUGCUUCCAGCAAAGGUAUUUAAAUACUGUAGCUGGUGCUGUAUUUCAACACUGAAACGUUGAACACAAAAGGAUUUUAACUGUUUCUAGCAUUGAUUAAAGAAGCGUUGCAUGCCAUCUUCCCAACAAAACUAUGAGUUUAUUUAUCUUUUAAAAUUAGACUGUUUCACAUGGAAGUGCAUAAUCCCUACCAUCCUCUUGUGAAGAAGGGAUCAACAUACUGAACUUCCCUGCCUGUACAUAUUGUGGUCGACUUUGCAUCACUCUGCUUGACACCCUCACCCAGCUGUAUCCAGUUUUGCAGCCUCUAUGGGGCACAAACAAAAGUCUUCAGAUGGCCAAGCUUUGAGACCUCUACUGCAUCUGUCAGAUUGCAAAGGAUUAGAUGAAUCCCAGGAGCUGUUCACAUGCAUUAAAUGACACUUGAUUCCUACAGUCCCAUGGCUGUGGCACAAAAUCAUAGCUGGGUCUGGAAGUGGCUCGUGGUGCACUGUCUCCUGUAGUGUGAGGCUGUGGGUUGCCCAACACCAUCUGCACCAGCAUUAGCUUCGUUGACAGUCAUGGGGCCAAACUGAGAGUGAUAUGGUGGCCAUCCCUGCUGCAAAAUUGAGGUUCUUCAGUUUUUCACAUCAGGGGAUCAACAGGAAAGAGAUGCUCAAAACUGGCCUUUUAGGGGUUUUUUAAGCAGCAAUAAGUAUGCACUGUCAAAGCAACCCUACUUCUUGUAAGCAUGUACUACAGAAAAGCCCUUUUAGUAAGUGUGAGACAGCACAAUGGUUUUUUGCCAAUAAAAGAAAUAGACUUUCGCAAGGGAAUUGAAAGAAAGGCAAGGGCUGGUUUUCUCUGAAAUAAAGAAGCUUGAAAUUUAGGAGACUUAAAGCUACCUUGCAAACAAGGUUUUAAAACCUUGAUCUUGGUGUAAAAGAGGAAGUGAUAUGUUUGUUGGAGCAGCUUAUACCUGUCAGGUGUAAUCUCUUCCCACUGCUUCAAAGAAUGGAUCAGUUCAGUAAUUCACAUGUUCCUUAGAAUCUGUGACAUAUCCAUGUGUUUUUUUUUAAAAAAAGAGUUCAUAUUUUACAGUAGCUGGAUUCUGUAGCAAUGAGCUGCUAGCUUCUUCUGCUCAAGUCCCUGGGAGUUGCUCAUGUAGUACCUGUUUUAAAUUCCCACCGACCUGAUCUAAAUUAGGUCAGGUUUAAUGUCUUCAGUGAAGAAUUGGGCUUAAGAUCUCUGGCCAGGAACAAACAUCAGAAAUUUUCUGUAAAUAUAUUCUGUAGCUAACAUUUUGUAGUCACAACAGGCUAACAGGUAUUUUUAAAUGUCAAGGUAUACAUACUUAAUACUUGGAUGCAUUUUUAUUUGUUCACUUACACAGCGCUUUUUCAUAAUGUUUGCAGAGCAAAAUUCAAAGACUCAGCACAGUCCUGUACAAUCUUCUAUUCCCUCCUCUCCUCCUGCAUGUAGUAUCUGUAUCUGUUUCUGAGUUCCUACUGUCUUUCUGGUGCAGCUAGAAAGUGUUUCAGUAUUAGACAGCUGCCCACUAUUUAUUUAAUGGCUUGGAGCAGACUUGCCAGGGUUGUCUGAUCCACUUGCAGAUCCUUAGCUAAAGAAUAAUGGUUAGUCUAAACUAAUUUAGGUCCUAGUUGAUUACAGAACAAGCACUUUAGCCCAGAGAGUGGAGUCAGUAACUAAUGGAUAAUCUUCCAUAACCGUCCUAACAGCGUGAAAGGUGUUUGUAGCCCACCAGUCCAGCAUUCACCAGUUAACGACUGACUUCACUGCCACGCAUACUCCCAUGUAUACAUGCAAAGUUAUAAGCGAAGGGCACUUCUGAUGCUGAAGCAUGUGUGCGCGUGGGAGCGGUGAAUAUUGUACCCAGUCGGCUUCCCCACCAUUCUUUCUUUUUGCUUACUGGAAGUAAUUUGUGUUGGAUCCCUUUUUUCUGGAAUUAACUUUGCAGUGUAUGUGGUCAGCCAUUUUGAUUACUGCAGGUGCACUCAUUUGCAGAGCCAUCGUGCAGGAGGGACCAAAAGUUGUUUACAAGUGAUCUCCUCUAUUCUGGGCUCAGAUUAAUCUCUACAUGCUUAAAAUUCCCAUGAACCUCUUUGGGAGACAUACAUAAAGACAUUGUGCUAAAAUCAAUGCUAUUCAUACUCCAUAUAAACAUUUAUGAAAUCUGCAGUAUGAAUUGUUAAUGUCUGUUUGCUGAUUUUUGUCAUAAGUAGGAGAAAUCUAUAAUCAAUGUGUUAUACAAAAGAAUCGGAGGACCAAGGUUUCCAGCUACUCAUACUGCCUUUUUGAGUAUCUUAACUAUGUCCUGAUUGGAUGGUGUUAAUUUGUUGUCUGAGACUGUUAUAGUGAUUGUAUUGAUUUAUUUUAUUUUAAAAUAUGUGGCAAGAAAGAUUGUAAUAAAAGCAUCUACAUUUAAUAUACUGUGGACACACAAAUUGUUAGAUCCUAUUUUUGAAUAUGUUAAUCAUUUCAGAAUUAAACAGAACAAGAACAGUUGAAUAGUUUUGCUGAAUAAAGUGGAUGUAAUUAAA